AUGAUUCCCGCUGCCUACUUGCAACCCCCGUUCUUCGAUGGCAAGGCGGACCCGUCCGCCAACUAUGGCGCGAUUGGCGUUGUCAUCGGCCACGAAAUCACCCACGGCUUCGAGAACCGUGGCAGCAAAUACGACGCCGACGGCAAAAAGAAAACGUGGUGGAAGGAAACCACGGCGAAACUAUUCAGCGAAAACUCCGAGUGCUUCGUCCAGCAGUAUGGGUCCAUGGACGUCAAAAGCGAGCUCACGGGGGAUUUGCUCGGCAAGUUGGACUGCAAUUUGGCAUUGCGGGAAACACUCGCUGACAAUGGGGGCGUCAACACUGCGUAA